CCUCAGGUCCCAGCCACCUUCCCUUGGGUGGUGAUGGGAUUUGGAGUUCCCAGGGUCUUUGGCUUUGGCCUGGGGUGGGGGUGGAGUCCACAAAGCCUGUAUGGAAUUAGCUUUAGGACAGCCUUUUCCCCCUUACAUUAGUAGUAACAAUGUCCCCCUCUCGCUCCCUCCCCCCAGCCCCCAAAUAUGCAAAACCAAAGCAAACCAAAGUCUCAAGCAAAUGAAAACUGGUUUGCUGAGUCUGGGUAAACUGAAAUUAAUGCAAACCAUUUGCUUGAAUCCACUUGCCUCUUCUUGGAUAAAUAGCAAACUCUCAGGGCUCAGGAAGCACCAGCAUUUAAUACACACGUUUAAUACACACAUUAUAGGUCCUUCAAAAUAGCUGCUGUCCCAUCAGUAGAAAGAUAAAUGAAUUUGAGACUGGAGACGUUUGAUGACCUGGUCGAGUCCACCAUGCCAAUGAGUAUUCAAAGGAGCUAAAAGAUUGUGCUUAUCAGGUAGAAGAGCCUGAAGUUCAUAGCCCAGUUCUACCAAUUAUUUGCUGUGACUUCUCUCAGCCUUAACAUUCAUCUGUCAAAGCCAUACUGAAGGGCUGUGAGAAAUUGGAUAUAGAAAUUCUUCUAUGAUUGCUUUUCUAUGCAAAUCUGUACUUCAUAUCCUAUAAUCAUGGACUUGUUUAUAUGACUCUCCAAGCUCAUAACACACAUCAACUGACCAAUCUUCUCAUUUUUUUGAAGAUUAAGUACUUGUGCUGGAUAUGAUGCUCUUCUUUAUUUUGGGACUGUUCGUACAUUGUGUGUUCUUCGCCUCCAUCUUUGACAUUUACUUUACAUCUCCUUUGGUUCAUGGAAUGACUCCUCAGUUUACACCAUUGCCUCCUCCAGCCAGAAGAUUAGUUCUUUUUGUUGCUGAUGGCCUGCGAGCAGAUAAAAUUUAUGAAUUAGAUGAAAAUGGAAAUUCUAGAGCACCAUUUAUUAGAAGCAUCAUAAUGCAUGAAGGCAGCUGGGGGAUAUCUCACACCCGUGUGCCAACUGAAUCUCGGCCAGGUCAUGUAGCCCUGAUAGCUGGGUUUUAUGAAGAUGUUAGUGCAGUUGCCAAAGGAUGGAAGGAAAAUCCUGUAGAAUUUGAUUCUCUUUUUAAUGAAAGCAAGUACACAUGGAGCUGGGGGAGCCCAGAUAUCUUGACUAUGUUUGCCAAAGGUGCUAGUGGAGACCACGUAUUUGCACAUACGUAUGACUCUGAAAAUGAGGAUUUUGGUGCCCAAGAUGCAUCAAAGCUGGACACCUGGGUUUUUGAUAGAGUUAAGGAAUUCUUUCAUGCUGCCAGAAACAACCAGUCUUUGUUUUCUCAAGUAAAUGAAGACAAAAUAGUUUUUUUCUUACAUUUAUUAGGAGUAGAUACAAAUGGACAUGCUCACCGACCAUCAUCUAGGGAAUAUGAAGACAAUAUUAAGACAGUUGAUGAGGGAAUAAAAGAAAUUGUGUCUGUGUUUAACCAUUUUUAUGGAAAUGAUGGAAAAACGGCAUUUAUCUUUACUGCCGAUCAUGGAAUGACAGACUGGGGUUCCCAUGGGGCUGGUCAUCCUUCAGAGACUUUGACUCCUUUAGUUACCUGGGGAGCUGGAAUUAGGUAUCCCCAAAAAGUAUCAGCUCAGCAAUUUGAUGAUGCAUUUUUGAAAGAAUGGAAGUUGGAGAACUGGAAGAGGCAAGAUGUCAAUCAGGCUGACAUUGCACCAUUGAUGGCUUCUCUUAUCGGAAUUGCCUUCCCCCUUAACUCAGUGGGAACCCUUCCUGUGAAUUAUCUUAACAACACUGAUUUCUUCAAAGCAGAGAGCAUGUUUACAAAUGCAGUACAAAUUCUUGAACAGUUCAAGGUGAAAAUGAAUCAGAAAAAAGAAGUUACUUUACCAUUUUUGUUUACACCAUUUCAGUUGCUGUCUGAGUCUAAACAACUCAACAUUUUAAGAAAUGCAAGAUCUUAUAUUAAGCAGAAAAAGUAUGAUGAAGCAGUCUCGCUUUGCAAGGAGCUGAUUCAUCUUGCACUAAAAGGAUUAUCCUAUUAUCAUACUUAUGACAGAUUCUUUUUGGGCAUCAAUGUUGUUCUUGGUUUUGUGGGGUGGACGUCAUAUGUGUCUCUGCUGAUCAUCAAAUUUCAUUCCAACCUCACCAGAUGUGUUAGUAAAGAAAUUAAGAAACCAAGCCAUCUCCUGUCAUGUAUUUUUAUAGCAAUUGGCAUUUCAGUAGUAUUUUUCUUACUGAUUCAAUCCUGCCCCUGGACUUACUACAUAUAUUGUUUGUUGCCAGUGCCGAUAUGGUAUGCGGUGCUAAGAGAAUUUCACGUUAUUCAAGACCUUGUCACAUCACUAUUCACCUGUCCACUGAGUCAUUUUGCUGGGUACCUGCUACUCUUUACUCUGGGAAUUGAAGUAUUAGUUCUCAGUUUUUUCUACCGCUAUAUGCUCACAGCUGGACUUAUUGCAUUCGUGGGUUGGCCAUUUUUCACUGAGCUGUGGACUCGAGCAAAGAGCACCUCACUGAGUUGGGCCUUCUUCUCUGUGCUCCUGGCAAUGUUCCCGUUGAUGCCUGUCGUGGGACGAAAGCCAGAUAUCUUUCUAGUAAUGGGUGCAGGCUUGCUGGUUCUUCUGCUGUCCCUGUUUGUUGUAGCAUCACUGGUAAAAAGAAAAAAGAGCUUUGUAAAUGGAGAACUGUUGUUGCAUCUAUUACAGAUGCUGAGCACAGUGCUUUCCAUGUGCGUUGUGCUUAGCACCAAUAACAGUCUACUCAAGAAACAAGGACUGCCUCUUCUGAAUCAGAUCAUUAGCUGGACAAUAUUAGCCUCUUCCUUCAUCUUGCCACUGCUGAGUCCCAUGGUUCUCUUUGAGCGAUUGUUCAGCAUAUUUCUCUCCUCGAUGGCCACCUAUCUACUGCUAAGCACAGGGUAUGAAGCUCUCUUCCCUUUAGUGUUGUCAUGCUUAAUGUUUGUUUGGAUACACAUGGAACAUGAAACCCUACAACAAUCUGGUAUUUCCUGUAAACAGAAGGUCAACAGUAUCCAGUUUGCCUACAAUACUGAUAUAACCCAGUUUCGACAGCUCUGUCUAGAUGACAUCAGGAGGGCCUUUUUCCUUGUUUUCUUCUUAAUGACAGCAUUUUUUGGAACUGGAAAUAUAGCUUCUAUCAACAGUUUUGAUCUUGCCUCAGUCUAUCGCUUUGUGACCGUGUUUAGUCCAUUUGUGAUGGGAGCCUUGAUGAUGUGGAAGAUUUUAAUUCCCUUUGUUCUUGUGAUGUGUGCUUUUGAAGCAGUUCAGUUGACCACCCAGUUAUCAUCAAAAAGCAUUUUUUCUUCUUGGUCAAGGAUUAUGGAAGCUGGCUUGAUAUUGGAACAAGCUACUAAAGUUGGAAAAUGGCUUUGUAAAUUCUACAUAAUUAAAUGCAUUAGCCACUACGUGAUCGUCAUGUCCCUGACCAUCGUGCUGGUGUUGCUCAAUGGCCUGGCACAGCUGCUCACAACAAAAAAACUCCGACUGCAUGGCAGACCCAAAAGCCAUCUCAUAUGAUGUUGCUAAAGCCAGCAGUCAGCAUCUCGUUCUCCUUUUAAACUGAACAAGGAUUCAGUAAGAAGAAGGUACUGGUGCAUCGCGCGUGCUACUCCUAUAACAGAGAUUGUAUGAACAAUUCGGCAGUUCAGGAACUGUUUGUCUGGAAUAAAGGAGCCGGCAUUUUCUUUAGGAAAUAAUGGCCAUGCAUGGAAGAGGGGUUACGUCUGUGGAAAGCGUAGUAAAGCAUUCUCCAUUUUCAUUGUUGCCGGUAGCUGGCAGCUCUUCUCACGGAUGCUUCAGAAUCCUGGAACCCAACUACACGGCUUCUGGUACACAAAGAGGAGGGUGUUCUGGGGGGACGCAGGGGGAGGGCAGUAGUGAUCACAGCCCAAGUUAGCACUGUGGCUGAACUUAAAGGGAAUCACCCGAUGGCACCAUAAAUAUUUAUUAGCUCUCAGCACUGGUUUUGCAAGUAAUUGUAACUGCUAAAUGAUGACUCUAGAAAGACAAUCAGGAUGUGUUCUUUGGAAUUUUCUAAAGUGUCAGUAGAAAAAAAAAUGUUUGCAGGUGUUUAUCAUUUUUCUUCAGUGUCUUAGACUUCUUAGUGCUGUUUCCAGGGUUCUCGUGGCCAGUCGGCUAGAUCCAGGUUUCACCGUCACUUUCUUUUUAAUUCCUGGCUUCUCAUGGAAUUUCUAGAGCUAGAAAAAGCAGGAAUUGCUUGGUAUUUGUGUCUUGUCCAUGGGGAAAAUUUUCAAAGGUUCAUUUUUAAGUGGAGAUUCACUGUCACCCCUCCCCCCAUUGCUUAUCAGAAUUCUUCAAAUCAGUGACCAACCUUCUGAUAGUAUCAUAAGAAAUAGUGUUAAAAUUCUUUAUUUCUGGUUGUGAGGUCAUAGCCAAAGGGCCUGAAAUCCUCUCAUGAAAGUUAUCUUUCCAUUUGUAAACUGACUCCAAUGGAAAAAAUAUUUUGAGAGUAAUUUUUUUGGAUUCUCAUAAAGCUGUUUUUACACAUCACUGCAGACUGACCUUUUGCCUAUUGUGUGCGGGAUAUUUUAGCUAAACAUCAUUGGUCUGAGUCCCAACUUUAGAAAAUAAUUGCUUUUGAAUUAAGCUAUAGUAUUACUACUUCACAUUAACGAUGAGGAAGCCCUGUAUCAAUUACUAGAUUUUUCAAUUUCACAGGUAGAGAACCCAUGAACUUUUUUACAUUGUUUCAAAGGGUUUUAAAUCUGCUUUAUCAAAAAUCAGAACUGACUUUAUAAACACAUUUAACACUUUAUAGGUCUAGUCUUGCCUUUCCCAGAUUUCCACACAGAGAAAUGAAUGAAUAUUUUAUUAUUUUACUGUAAAAGGUGCUCAGGGCGUUUUUACCUUUAUUUUGUUCUUCAGAGCAUGUCUGUUUCUUUUUUUUUUUUUUUUAAGAUUUAUUUAUUUAUGCAUAAAAGAGCUGGGGUACAGGCCAGAGGUGUGGGGGGCUGAGAGGAUUCACCAGAGAUAGUGGGGAAUAGAAUAGGCAGAUUUACUGACGUACACUGCUGAGGGGAGCAGCAGGCAAGUCAGGAGAAGCCUGCUGUGCCAUGUGGGUUGCUCUCUGGCCUGGGAUCAAACUCAUGCUGCAGAGGUUUCGGAUAGCUUCAUAGGUUGCGUCUUAACCCUUUGUGCCACCAGGGAGGCCCAACAUGUCUGUUUCUUAAUGUUGUUUGGAAUUGGUGUGAGUUCACAGAGCAGGAACAGGAGCUGCAGCUGCAAGCCUGCCUAACUGCUGUGACCGGACCCCUCAGAUUUGCCUCAGAAUGGAAUUUGCUAGACGGGCCUUUUACUGCAUGGCCUACCACAUAUCUUGGAAUCUUGAAUAACAGAAAAUAAAUAAUAUUUAAGUUAAAUCUUAUUUAACUUCUGUUUGAGGCAUUUACUUUGUCAUUCUAACUGGAGCAGAUUCCUAAAUCAAGACUUAGGACAUUUGCUGAUUAACGUUAUUUAAACUAGGAAGUAGGCAUAUCAAAUUGAGAAAAUAUUGGACAACAAAAACCCAUGCCAUGUUACAUGGACCAUGAAUAAAUCUUGGCGGAAACUGAGGAUUUAGGGAGCUGUUCUCUGUCCAUAAUUUACCAAUGGUUUUGUGCUUUGUAGCAUCAUAUUUAAGGUACAGUAUUUGGAAAACAUGCUAUAAAUGGUAGUAUGUUUUCACAAUAACCCCCUCCCAAUUAUUUAAUACUAGAACUGAGCUACUCAUCACAUCAUAUUUUCUUAUGAAAAUAUUCUACACUGUAGCCAGCUUAGAUGGCAGAACAUGUUUGUCCCUUACCCCGGCCUUCCUUUACAUGAGUAGUAGACUAGGGACUCUUUUACCCAUUACCUCUUGGUUACAUACCUCUGCCCAGGGAAGCUGGGGGUCAGCUAUCCAGGGGAAAACCAGGUGAGCCCCCCUAUGUCCACCAGUUGCCCUGUGGUCAGGGCAGGGGGGCUGAAGAGAAUGGGAUAAACCAUCUCAGUCAUUUGGAGAAGAUUCUUUUAAAAGACCAAAGUUAGAUAACUUUGGUAAUGUCUCAUCUUCUCAGAGUUGUUCUUUUUCCCUGAUAGUCUCUUUAUUCUCUUCAAAAUGCCUGCACAUGGCCUGGUCAGGCUGGGUGCUGGCCGUCUGUGGUCACAUCUGCAGCACCCCCAUCUCCAUAUUAGCAGCGUUAGGGUUAAAAAAGGUAGCUGCAAUUUCUGCACUUAGUACUCAUUCUAGAAAAAGAUCAUUCAAGAAGUAAUGUGUCACUUAUUUCUUUGGAGAUCCUAGAACAGAUUGUAAUUGUUGCAGAACUCACCACCCUUAGAACUAGUAUUUAUUUGCCACAUAGCAGCAUUUCUCAAAGAAUGUCCCUUAGAACAUCAGUUCCUUAGGAUACAAAGAGAUGUCAUAAUAAAAAGGGCCAAAUGUACAGAGUUAAACGGGUAUAUUUGUUGACGGUACAUGUGCUGGGAAGGGAGGGUAAGGAGAGGGCACCAAAUUUCCACUUGCUUGACUGCAACUCUAUGUUAGGGAGUCUCCCUCCUGACUGUAACACAUCCUUCACACGCUCCCUAUUGACAUUUGCACCAAAACCUCAACUUGUCAUACUGCUCUUAAAAAAUAGGCAUUGAAUGUUAAUUGAAUCUUUUUCUGAGAACUGGAAAAUCAUUUCGAUUUUAACCUUUAAUGUGGGAAAAAUUUUAACUACGCUAACAAUUUUACCUGCCUCUGUGAGUUGUUCGUCACUUGGAUGUCUGCUUGGGAACCACCUGUUGUCGUUCAUCACAGAUAGGGGGGCAGCCCUGUCAGUUUGCACUGCCCCAUAUCUAACCUGUUACAUCCCUGACCUGGAAAGUAAAUUAAAAAAAAAAAAUACCAACUUGUUUUCUUAUGAUUUGCCAUUAUAGAGGGGGAUUGAUAGUUAAACUCUUUUUUUUUUUUAAAGAUUCAUUUAUUUAUUUAUGCAAGCACUGGGUACAGUCAGA